AUUAAAAAUCUUCAUGAUAUCAUACUUACAGGCGCCAGGGCUGUCGCUUCAAUUGGCGACAACACCCCGUGCGGGGAACCUCGCUUGACUGGUAAUAACGAGAAGGAGAAUCUGUUUUUCUGGCCGCAAAAUAUAGUUAUCGAGUGACAGCUAUAGGUUUUCCUUCCUAAAUAGAAGAGGGGGGAAAUUGGUCGCAACAGCACUUGACCCGAAUGAUUUUACAAAUAAUGCACGUGAAAUGUAAUAGAAUCGGAGUGCUCAUUAAACUAAUUUCCGGAAAUCCCAAAUAACAUUUCUGUAUGAAAACCCCACCCGAUGCCAGCAAGUCAUCUGACUCAGACAGGGAAGUGUUGCGAUAAAUCGUGACUUAGGUAUAAGAGCUUAGGGACAUGAACAGAUAAUCAGGACAUCUUCGUGAUAAAUUGGUGGGCGUGAGUUGGAGUUGUCACUUGCUCCUAGGAGAUCGGUCUGUUCGGACCUUUGCUACAGCAAUCACUCGGCGAUUCAAAGAUGACAUCGGUCUACUUCAUCACGAUCCUUCUGGUUUCUGUUGCAGUUUCAUCAGCUGCUCCAUCCACGAGAAAUGACGAGACUUUCGUCGGGUGCAUGAGCAAAUGCCUUAUUGGAGGAGGCGAGCAAGAUCGUGUGACAGCGGUCUACAAGAUCUGCAAGGACUCAGCAACUUGCUGGGGGGAGCAUCUCGGUGACAGAGUGCAGAAAUGUGCCAGUGGAUGCAAGGACCCCGCCCCUGAAGAGCUAUUGGUGUGGACCGCAAUCGAGUCCUCGUCCCUGGUUGUGUCAGAUGUACCUGAGUUUGUGAAAUGUAUGGCGAAGUGUAUGGGAAAGUCACUGGAGCAGGUGGAAGAAUGGUACAAAGAAUGCAAGAAAAAUGCCAAAUGCUGGAUGAAGAAGGUUGGGCUGCGGGGUCUGAAAUGUGCUGGAAAAUGCCUCAAGGCGGAUGAAACCACUGCUUUGCUCGCUACUGAAACAAUCGAGUCCUCGUCCCUGGUUGUGUCAGAUGUACCUGAGUUCGUGAAAUGUAUGGCGAAGUGUAUGGGAAAGUCGCUGGAGCAGGUGGAAGAAUGGUACAAAGAAUGCAAGAAAAAUGCCAAAUGCUGGAUGAAGAAGGUUGGGCUGCAGGGUCUGAAAUGUGCUGGAAAAUGCCUCAAGGCGGAUGAAACCACUGCUUUGCUCGCUACUGAAACAAUCGAGUCCUCGUCCCUGGUUGUGUCAGAUGUACCUGAGUUUGUGAAAUGUAUGGCGAAGUGUAUGGGAAAGUCGCUGGAGCAGGUGGAAGAAUGGUACAAAGAAUGCAAGAAAAAUGCCAAAUGCUGGAUGAAGAAGGUUGGGCUGCAGGGUCUGAAAUGUGCUGGAAAAUGCCUCAAGGCGGAUGAAACCACUGCUUUGCUCGCUACUGAAACAAUCGAGUCCUCGUCCCUGGUUGUGUCAGAUGUACCUGAGUUUGUGAAAUGUAUGGCGAAGUGUAUGGGAAAGUCGCUGGAGCAGGUGGAAGAAUGGUACAAAGAAUGCAAGAAAAAUGCCAAAUGCUGGAUGAAGAAGGUUGGGCUGCAGGGUCUGAAAUGUGCUGGAAAAUGCCUCAAGGCGGAUGAAACCACUGCUUUGCUCGCUACUGAAAGUUUGGUUGAGCCUGAAGACAACUCUGGAUUUAUCCUAUGUAUGGCAAAAUGUCUCGGUAAGACCAUCACAGAAAUCAAGGCGUGGUACAAAGAAUGCAAGAAGAAGGCGAAGUGUUGGGUGAAGAAAGUCGGCAAGAAAGCUUUGAAAUGUGUCGGAAAGUGCAUCCUGUCGGAGACCAACAUGACACAGGAGAUGGCCGUUACUCCUGCUGUUGAAACAGCUAUUGAAAAGCCUGAUAAAGAAGAAGUCAUAGGGUUCCUCGUAUGUAUGGCAGUAUGCAUUGGCAAGGACUACAACGAGAUUAAGCAGUGGUACAACGAGUGCAAGAAGAGUGUGACAUGUUGGGUUAAGAAGGCAGGUUGGAAAGCAGUGAAAUGCGUCGGAAAAUGCUUCUUGUUGGAUGAGAAGACUGCAACUAGUACCAUCGAAACAGGUCCUGUCAACAACAACUUUCUGAAAUGUAUGGCUGAGUGCCUAAAGAAGGACAUUUCAGAAAUUCUUGCAUGGUACAAUAAAUGUCACACCAAUAUCGGAUGCUGGCUGAAGGAGGCCGGGAGUGAGGGAUUGAAGUGCGCUGGACAUUGUCUCUUCGCAAGGGAAGAUGAGGAAGAUAUACGUACGACUUUGGAAUUAACUCCGGUCAACAACGACUUCGUGAACUGUAUGCCUCGCUGUCUCGGGAAGGAUGUCUCAAUAAUCUUGAAUUGGUUCAACAAAUGUCACACAGAUGUCAAAUGUUGGCUGAAGGAGGUGGGGUUCGAAGGAUUAAAGUGUGCUGGUCAAUGUGUUGGUGAGGAGGAUACGAAAUCCAAAAUUGCCCCUAUUCCUUCCCAGUCAGACCUAGUGAAGUUCGCAAGUUACGAGAAGAUCAUUCAAAUUGUGAAGGAUUCAAAGAGCCCCUUAUCGUCAAGACGGCUGUAGUAGCUCACGUUUAUCAGUUGUUGGAAUGAACUGGACUGGACUGGACUGAACUAUCCGAACAUUUGAAAAAAAUUCAAUGGUGCUUGACCUAAAUAUAUGAAUAGCGUGGUAACACAAGAAAUAAACUGAUUUCAAAUCUCAGAACCUUUUCAUAAGUCGAAAUGACUUAUUCAUAUAUCCAUGAACAAAUUCGAAACUCUUCUCUUGGAAAUGACUGGCCACUGGUGUGUUCAGUGCUCAAGUCUUCACUCACCAUAACCUCAACGAAAGGAAAGACUUCUCCAUGGUUUUUCUCUCAUUUCUUUCAUUCGUAAAUCAGCUUUCAUACUUAAUUUACCGAAAGUAACUUGAGGAAUUGGACUGAGAACUCUCCGAUAAAUCUUCAAACUUCAUUCUUCUCAGUUCGUAGCUGUUCGUAUCAAGGGUGGUGAAACCUGCCUAUUUUUGUGAUAACUUAAAGUUGUAAUGAAUGUAGAUCUUUCGAGGCAGAAAUGCUCCGUUUCGUUGCUUUUUCCCACUCUGUAUGUUAACUACUGGCUAGGACAAAAACACAACCAAUUAAAUCAACCACUAACCAGUCAGCUGAUAUUCUGUACUAUAUGUGAAUAAUGUGACUAAUAUAGAAGUCAA